AUGUCUUCAAGAAAUUCAAGACAAAUAGAAACAAAAAAUACAACUAAAUCCUUGGCUCCGAAAAAAUAUGUAACUAGAAAAGAAAAAAGAAAAGCAAGAUUAUUUAAUAGAUACGUCAUAGUUAAACAAAUCAAAGAUCAAAUUAGGCAUCUCUCUAAAGAAAUCCGUGGCAUACCAAGAGAAGAUGAAUCUAUUAAAAGUCGAAUUAAAUGGUUUACUAGGUUGAAAGAAUUUACCGAGACUUCGAGUGCUGAUAAUCUUUCGUUAUUUGAAAAUAUUUAUUUAAAUUUCGAAGCUAAAAAAAAAAAAAGUGAUGCUGUAAUUACAAGUUUAUGUCAAGAAACUAACCGACUUCGAGCGGAACUUAGUAUUGGUACAAAUAAUUAUAUAGUUACGAAUGAGAGUUCAAAUGAGAGUUCAAAGUCUGGUGAUGAAAUGGAUGUUUCACCUGCGUCGAGAGCUGCAACUUCUAUUUCUUCAAAUCACUAUCAAUAUCUACCAAAACGAAUAGCGGCUGACUCAACAAGUAACCUACUAGAACAAAUAACUGAAACAACAAGUAACCAGCCAUUACCAGUUGUCAACAUAGUGCCAGAGAAUCGGGCAGCAAGUGAUGAGCCAGUUGAAUUCUCAGAACAAAGCACCGAAGAAAGCACCAAAGAAAGUUCUGAAGAGA